AGCGCUGAACGGUGGUAUAUCUAGCACGAACGCUGUCGUCAUACGGCCCCACCACUAACUUCGUUUUGCUCGGUUUUUUUGCCUUUCCCCACUUGCUCAGGCUCACACCCAUCUCUCUCGAACAUGACCUUCGUCUCAAAUGAUCCCAGUUGGUGGCCGAGAAUCAAAUUGAGUAUUUUUUUCAGCUAUUGGAUAGUUGCCGCGGGCGUCGUGGUGGUAUACGAUUGGGUCUUAACACUCGGACAAGAGAUUGAACUGAUCUGGAGGCAGCGCUGGUCUCUCAUGACUGUGCUAUAUUUGGUUAUACGCUAUAUUGGGAUGCCGUAUGCUGUUACCAAAGUUCUGCAAAAUGUGAUAUGGGUCUCGGUGACAGAUGCAGUAAGCAACAUUACGAACUACGCAGCGACUGGGACAAAUGCGGUCGUAGCUGCCAUGUUGGGUGUCAUCAUGAUUGCUCGCUUAUAUGCUAUGCAUCAGGGAUCUAGAAUGAUCCUCAUCUUCCUUGUUAUUACCUUUCUGACUGUCAUCAUCGCCUGCGGAGUAAUCUUGGCAAUAGAACUCAAGUAUGUUGUAGGGGAGGAGCUGAUACUCUCUGACACGUAUAUAUGCGGUUAUGUCUAUGAAGAAGACGAGCAGCUUUGGUUUUCAAUGGUUUGGAUGCUCUACACUGUUUGGGAGGUCCUUGCACUGUGUCUUGCAGUCUGGGUUGCUGUGAAACACUUCCGUAACCUGCGACGACUCAGCGGGUCGACAGGAUCGACCAUCGGGGACUGUUUCAGAGUGCUGGUACAAUCUCACGUUCUCUAUUUUGCAAGCUUUUUUGGUGUCACUUGCCUCCAACUUGCUGUUUUCUCUCCGAAAAUCAUGAAUUCAUAUUCUAUUGGAGCUCAGAUACUUGAAGGUGUUCUUGAAAUUUUAUUGUUCGUGCAGAUGUUUGUGCUGGGACCACGCCUCAUCCUUAGCGUUCGAGAAUAUCACACAAAACUCGUGGCAGACUCCGACGCAGAAAAUAGCAUGAACUCGAUUGUCUUCCAGGAGUGUGUACAGAUAUCGACUAGCAUUACUGUGUAGAGAAAUGCUUGCCGAGUAGUCUGAAGGGAGGAGUAAUUUGAUCGGGGAUCCGUCAUGGACAUAUGGGGUGUCGAAGUAUUUAUUGUUGUAUCACUACUGGAACGAAGUACCUGCGCUUGAACCAAAUGGUAAGCUGAAAUUAU